CGCGGUAUAUUUAGUCAGCUCAGUGGCCCGUGAGAGAUCCUUCACCUCAGUGCUGCAUUCUCAUCCUUUGUGAAUAUAAAACUCGGCGCUGCCUGUAGCGUCGUCACCCUGUUUGGACCCGUCCAAAGACAUGGCCGCGCUCCGAGUGUCGUCCUACCGCAAGCUGUUUGAGGAUGAUGGAGGUUUGGGUACGCAGUGUGCAGGGCAGUACCGCGCCUCCGUAAGGGGUGCGGCCGUUGACGAGUGCCACUGCGUCCAGUUUGACUUUGUAGCUGCCAAGGCACUCAACAAGGAGGGUCUCCAGCGCUUCGUCCAGGACCGCCACAUCGUGGCUGCCCUCAAUGACAGACUGGUCCGGCUUAUCCAACUGGCCCAUUGUUUUGAGGAGGAGAAUGAGUCUCUGAAAAGCCAGAUUGUCGACGUGGAAAAGAAGCUGAACGGUCGACAGGGGUCGGCGAGCGUCUCCUGCGCCGAGGCCGACCGCAGCCUGGAUGCAGCGGUGGAGCGACUGCGCAGGGAGAAGGAUGACAUUCAGUGUGACACCGAGAACCUGCAGAAGGAGCUGGAACAUCUGAUGGAAGAAUACGAGAAGGCUGCACAGCAGAAGAUCCUCCUGCAGCAGGGACAACAAGAUGUCGCUAAGGAUGUCGAUGCUGUGACAGCAGAGUGUUUGGCUCUGAGGGAGCAAGUGGCUAUCUACGAGCAGCAGCUGGCCAACAUGGAGGACCAACACACAACGGCGGUGCAGCGUCUGCUGGGACCCGCCGAAGGGACCACGGGGUCAACGGCAGCCAUUACUUUCUGCAGCCCUGACAUCACGCCGGCCCUGGAUGUGAAGGAGCAUUACUGCCAGCUGGCUGAGAGCCUCCAGUACGAGUGCGGCGCUCCCUCCUCGGCUGUGAGUCGCCGUGGCGACGGAAGACAAAUAGAAGAGGGCGUAGCUGGAGGGUCGGCCGUCAAAGGCGCGUCGAAGAUGAAGGACAUCAGUGAGAUAAAGAUGCUGGUUUCGGAGCUACAAAAGGCGCUCGCUGAGCUCGAGCAGUGCAACGAGGAGCUGGAGGACGAGGUCGACAUGAAGGCGGCUGCAUACAUGGACGAGAUUGCUGAGUUGGAGUGUACCAUAGAUGAAAUUCGGCGGCAAGAGGCCGACUUCCAAGUGCAGAUGAAGCAGCAGUGUGAAGACUACAAGGAGCUGUUCAGUGAGAAGAUGGCCAGAGACAUGGAAAUUACUGCCUACAGGAGUCUGUUGGCCGAAGAGGAGGAGAGGCUGUGCAACCUGUGACGUGAGGCCCGAAGAGUCCGACAUGGCAGGCGCCCCCCCC